AUGAAUAAUAUUGAUUAUAUAGAUGAUGGUCCCGAUCUUGAUGAAUUGUUAAAAAAAAUUAGUGCUACUUAUAAGGAAUGUAAUAAGUAUGAUAAGUAUAUAGAAAAGGAUAAAGAAUUUAUAGAGGAUGAUGAUAUAGAUGAGGAACAAAUGAAUGAUAAAAAAAAAAAAAAAAACAAUAGUAAUAACUAUUACAAUAAGAAUGAAUAUAUACCUAAUAAUAAUAUGAAUAAUAUGAAUAAAUAUACUUAUGAUAAUAAUAAAAAUUUGAAUGUUACAAAUAAGAAAUCUGAGACAAUAAAUAAAUUUGAUGAUAUUAAGAAUAUUAUAAUGAACGAAAAAAAAAGAAAAAACAGUAGUAAACAUGGACACAUAAAAAAUAAAAAUGAUAACAUAUUAAGGCAUUUGAAUAUAAAAAGAAGAAUAAUAGUCCCAAGCAGCGACGAAUCAGAUGACAAUGAAAAAGGUACAUCCAAGAAGAGUAUUUUAUAUUAUUCAAAAAAGAAGAAAAGUAUAAAGUAG